CACAGAACCCCCCGGUGAAACGUUCCUAGUUUGCCAUCUGAUGACCAGGCCACUGUCGGCAAAAGAGGAACAUGGUCUUCGAUUUCGCAAACUCUGUAACCGGUGUCCGUGUUCCAAAUCUCAAGAAUACCCUUGGUGGUUAAUGACGCGACACGAGCUCUACCAUGCGACCAAUGGAGCGAGAAGAUCCAGCCACAAUUUGCUGGUGAGCGUGGGACUUUUUGGUCCAGGGCCUUUCUUCGUAACUUUGUGAAUUGGGAUCGAACGUACGCCAAAGCCCGGCGGUGACAUCCUGAUCAAGUGACCCGAGUGGGAUGCAAAUCGAUUUCCGUCGGGAGCCCAGCAGAAGUGGUUGGC